CUCUCAAUGACACAUUUCCUUUAGACACACACAGUGUUCUAAAAGGAGACUCCCUUUAGAAAUAUCUAAGAAGUCCUGAGAUUACAGCACCACAAGACUCUUGUUUGUUAAGUGAAUUAUUCCUGACUUUUCAUAAAUCCACACUUUCAGAAAAAAAGCCUGCUUCAUGGACUACUUGGAAGUUGAAUAUUCUGAUGAAUAUUAUAAUUAUAGUGAAAGUUAUAAUUUGGACGAUUAUCAUACAAUUUGUAUUAAAGAUGAAAUCAGGAAUUUUGGGAAAGUCUUCCUACCUAUCUUUUAUACACUGGCGUUAAUAACUGGACUUGCAGGGAAUGCCCUAGUGGUGGCCAUUUACACCUAUUAUAAGAAGCUGAAGACCAAGACAGAUGUUUACAUCCUGAAUCUGGCCAUAGCAGAUAUUCUGCUUCUCCUGACCCUUCCCUUUUGGGCGGCAGACGCUGUCCAUGGUUGGGAGCUGGGGGAAGUAAUGUGCAAGAUUACCUCAGCUUUGUAUGUCACAAACUUCAGCUGCGGCAUCCUCUUCCUCGCCUGCAUUAGUAUAGACCUAUACCAAGCCAUAAUCGAAGCCCGAACAGGAAAAGGCAAAAGCCUGAUCAUCUGUUUAAUUGUCUGGAUGGCUGCAGUCAUCCUAAGCCUCCCUGAGCUUAUCUUUACCACUGUGAGUGAACCGCAGGAUGGAACUAGAAAGAUAUGUCACUCUGUGUACCCUACGAGUAUGGCUCGGCCAGCCAAGGCAACUAUCCAGAUCUUGGAGAUAGUUAUCAGCUUUGGGAUCCCUUUCAUAGUCAUGUUGUUCUUCUACACAAAAGUGGCUCACACUCUUGCAAGAACCCCAAAUGUUAAGAAAUGGAGAGCUUUCAAGGUGUUGCUGGCAGUUGUGGGUGUGUUCAUUCUGACCCAGAUGCCGUACAACAUGGUAAAGCUCUGCCGGUCAGUAGAUGUGAUCUACUCCUUCUUAAGUGACUGUGAAACCAGCAAAAGAUUUGACAUGGCUAACCAGAUAACAGAGAGCAUCGCCCUUUUCCACAGCUGCCUCAACCCUAUCUUGUACACCUUUGUGGGCGUCUCCAUCAAAAAGCACAUUGCGAAAUUCUUAAAGAGCUUCAGUAAUCAUCAAAGAAGAAACAGGGAAAACGUCACAGAAAUUUCAUUGAAUUCCCAUUCCAACUCUGAAAGCACCUGUACUUUUUCAAUAUAGGAAGACAAACUAGGGUAAACUUUCAGUGUAGGCAUUGCAGGAACUACUGCUGAAAGUGAACGAUUUCAAAAUCUACUAAAAACUAUAAGAUGUUUCAUGCAAUUGGCCACAGGAUUUUUGGCAUGCCAUGUAUUACUGUAUAUGAUUACAAAAUCAUAAUGAAAAUUUCUAGAUGUAAAAGCACAAAAAAAAAAAAAAAAAAGAUUACAGCAGUCAGCAAAAAAGUUGAUGUAAUUUCAAAAGACUCCAUACUCUAUAACAUCUACCAGUUCCAUGAGUCGACAGUGUACACUGGAUAAGGAAUCUGCUGCAUGGUGUUACAUUCAUUAAUUGUAAGCCUGCAUUUGGAACCAUUGCACCUAUCUAAAAAAAUAAUAUUAAUAAUAAUAAUAAUUCAAUAACACUUAAAUUGUUGAUAUAAAUUCAUUUAUUGCAUGAAAUAAUAUUAAAUUAUGUUAAUAAAAAGUGUUUAAACAAUAAAAAAAAACAACUUUAAAAUAUCUCUGCAUCUGUUUGUAAAGUUUUCCAUUUUCCUACCACUAGUACUAUACUGUAAUUAUUUUCUCCUUCUGAAGUUUACGGGAAUUUGAAAUGCUAUUCUUGAAAGCACAGCAAUUUAAAUGUACAGGUACACUCUUAUCAAAUAAUGCAUAUAUUUAUUCAAUGCAACAGGAAUUAAGCCAUUUACUUUUAGCACACAGGUUCCUGCAAAGGUCAGGAGUGAUGGAAAAUAAACUGUUACAGCCCAGUUCCGGUGUACCCACCAUGACUGGCAAAUGGCACCUUUGUAGGAAACAUUAGAUUGUGAACUACUGUACUAAUACCUGCAUGAAACAGCUGUCCCUCUCUUGUUAAAAUAACCAAUCAGGUCUAUGUCUACGAUCUAAAAAGUGGAAGAUUGAAUUGAGGUAGUGGUCAUUAAACCCACAGGUUUUACUAGCCCACAGUUUUUAUUGACUUGUUGGUUAGACACAACAUUAAACUGGCUUGAAAAUACUCUAAUAGUCGA